AUGUCAUCACCGCUAGUAGAACUUCCAUCACGACCAGAAAGAGUCGCGGUAGGGCCAACCGGGUUCCAACCUGUUCCAGACAAUGAACCGAAGAAAGCAAAGAAAAGAAAACGGGAAGAGGAGGAAGCUGAGAAGAAAGACGGUGCAAGCUGUUCAUUCUUGCUAUGGGGCUCCGAAGACUCUGAAAGCUCCAAAACCUGGGCUGUAGACGUUUCAAUUACUAACGAUGAGCAUGAGGAUGAAAUCUUCAAGGCAUUAAAAAAGAGGUAUCAUAAAGAACUUGGCCUCUCACGAAUCUUACAUGUGUUCAAAAGAUUCAAGAGACUUAAGCCCGUUACUUUCCGGCUGAUCUGCCGGGACUCAAAAAGGUUUCUGGCCUUCGUGCAACCUCUAGACCUAGACGAAUCGCACAAGAGGUACUCCAAAACACAGGAAGAAGUGUUGAAAUAUAUCAAAUCGAUAGCACCCUCGGACAUCCCCGAUGAUCCUCCAUAUUACUGCUAUCGCGAGAGCUCUGGGGAAUACUAUCACGUCGACUCUCAUUGUCCAAACGGUGGUUCGGAUGAGCCUGAUGUUCCAGCCUGUCCUUUCCAAGAAUUAGAUUGGUCCAGAAACCAGAUACAACUAGAGGGCUUGUACGUUGAGACUGCGUGGUGUCCUAUAAAAUCCCUGGUUGCAUGUUUGGGUAUCCUUUUCUCUUCGGUAGCAAUCGGAAGAAGCUUUUUCUGGGGCAGUUGGGAGGUCAUAUUUGGCGCUGGAAGCUUCAUCAUUGCUCUGUUGAUGUUAGUAUUGACUAUACUUAGUCGCUAUGAUGUCUGA